AUGGCGAAUCGUACAGUGAAAGAUGCACAUUCGGUAAAAGGAACAAAUCCUCAAUAUUUAGUGGAAAAAAUUAUCAGAACAAGAAUUUACGAGUGUAGAUAUUGGAAAGAAGAAUGUUUUGCGUUGACAGCUGCCUUAUUGGUUGACAAGGCCAUGGAACUCAAGUUCAUUGGUGGUGUGUAUGGAGGUAAUGUGAAACCAUCUCCAUUUCUCUGUCUCGUCCUCAAAAUGCUGCAGAUCCAGCCAGAGAAAGACAUUGUUGUGGAAUUCCUCAGAAACGAGAAUUUCAAGUAUGUACGAGCACUAGGAGCCUAUUACAUGCGAUUAACAGGAUCCUCCUUGGACUGUUAUAAAUACUUAGAGCCCCUGUAUUAUGACUACAGAAAGCUAAAACGUCAGAACAGGGAUGGUGGUUUUGAGCUUAUACAUAUGGAUGAAUUCAUAGAUGAAUUACUCAGAGAAGAGCGUGUAUGUGACAUCAUCUUACCUAGAAUUCAGAAGCGGUCAGUGAUGGAGGAGAGCAACACACUGGACCCACGUGUCAGUGCACUUGAGGAGGACCUCGAGAACAUGGACACUUCAGAUGAUGAAGAAGUUAUGCAUGAGAGGAGUCCAUCACCAGAGCGAAGGCGAGGAGGCUACAAAGACAUAGACAAACCCAACAGAAGUCCAUCACCUCGAUAUGCUCGCAGUCCCUCACCUCAUAGCAGAUCAAACCGGAAGCGUUCCCGUGAGAGAGAUCGUGACAGAGACAAACGCCACAGAUCUCCAGAGAAAUCAAGGCAUCGAGAUGACGAUGAUGAUAGGAGAAGAAAACACAAAAAACACAAACAUGACCAUAAAGAUCAUAAAGACCGAAGUGAUCGCCAUCACAAACACUCGGACGACAGUGACCGUCAUCACAAACAUUCAGAUGAUCGUGAUCGUGACCGUGACCGUGACCGUGACCGUGAUCGCCACAGACACAGAGAUCGACGGGACAAACGUGAUGGAGGCCUAUCACAGAAAGAACUGGAAAUUAAGGAAGCAAAUGAACAGAGGGCUAAACUUGGCCUACCUCCAUUAAAGUAGUCUUUUCUUGGGACAUUAACAGAGACUGAAGGUUGCUUGUCUCUAAUAAAUUAGAACUUCAGUGGGUAUACAUGAAAAGAAAGCCAAACUUAUAAGUGUCUGUUUUACAGGAAGACUUUAGUGGGGCUUUGAAAUAAACAGAGGGCCAAACUUUUUCCUUGUGUCUGAAAUGUGACGUUAAACUGGUGAAUAGUCAGAGAGGGUCUUCUUUGGCUCGGUCUAGUUUGUCUUGGUUUAGUUUGGAUCAGGUUUGGACUGGAUCUGUUAAGUUUGGAUCAAGUCUAGUUUAGGUCAGGUCCUGUUUGGAUUUGGCUUGUUUGGAUAAGGUCCUAUUUGAAUUCAGUCCUAUUUGAAAUAUGUGCCAGCAGGAAGAUAUGGUUAUAUAAUAAACAUUUUAACAACAUGA